CCAACGUGCUACGCGACGCUGUCAUGGCGGCUUCCUCAGACCGGUCGCGGCACAUGGGUUGGGAGCUCGGUGUCUGCGGUCAGUGAGGGAGCAGCGCCGCAGUCUGGCUGGUGGGGGGCCAAAGAGUGAGUGCGAGGCGGCGACAGCAGCAGCAGCAGCAGGCGUGGAGGAUGUGGGCGCUGGAGCGGGCGCUCCUGAGGGGCUUCCCCAGCGCCGCGGAGUCCCAGUGGGGGAAGCAGAGCGAGUUGGCCGCGGCAGGAAGUGAAUCCUUGCUGCAAUUGCAUUUCGAAGGGAACUAUGAGGCCAUUUUAUUAAGUGAAGUGAUCCAGGAUGUUUUCACUACACUCACGAUGACAGAGGAGAAUAUUGACACCUACUUGGAGAAGCUGAUAGUAGCGUACCUGGACUGUUCUGUUGCAGAUGCUGAUAACGUGGAAAGACAAAGGUUGAUAUUUCUGCUUGGUGUGGGCAGUUUGCAGCUCUUUGUUCAGAGCAAUUGGACUGGACCUCCUGUUCACUUACAGCCUCAGGACUUUUUGCCAUCUUCAUUAUUACACCAGUUCUGUGAGCCCAAAGCAUUGUGUACAGCUGUUCUGAGUACGCUGGUUCUGGAUGGUGAAUCAGUCUAUAAUCUGACUUCUCUUCCUAUCUUGUUGAUGUUAGCCAGAGUGAUUCUUGUGCAUUCGAGACAUAAACUUGCUGCUAUUCAGACGUUGCCUUGGUGGACUUUGCGAUAUGUGAAUAUUCACCAGCAAUUGCUAGAGGAGCGAUCACCUGAGCUCUUUGCUCUUGCCCAGAGUUGUAUAGAACAAGUGACAAACUUAGAGACUUUGUUCACAGAUGAUGAAUGUUGGCAUUUGGCAGUUCAAUUCCAUCUUGAAUGUGCCUAUACAUUUUUGAAUUACUAUGAGUAUAAAAAUGCUAAAAAGCAUUUCAACGCAGCUAAGGACAUAACUAAACUACAGAUUAAUUUGACAGGUGCUUUGGGAAAAAGGACACGAUUUCAGGAAAAGCAUGUAGCACAGCUUAUACUUGAUGUCCAAAGGAAAGAUGAUGUCUUGCUUUUUCACCAUGAGCUAAGCCCAGCACCUACUGCUCUAGAAAAUUUAACAAAGAAUUAUGAUUUAAAUGAUGAGACAGUGCUAAAUGAGAUAAAAUUAGCAGAUGCUGAUCAGUACCAGUUGCCUGACCUGUGUGCAGAAGAACUUGCUGUUAUCCUUGGAGUUUGCAUAGAUUUCCAAAAGAACAACCCAAUACACAAGCUAACUGAAGAGGAGCUUUUAGCAUUUACAUCAUGUUUACUUUCACAACCUAAAUUCUGGGCCAUUCAAACUUCAGCCUUACUUCUCCGGACAAAGCUUGAGAAAGGAAGCACUCGUCGAGUGGAACGGGCAAUGAGGCAGACUCAGGCACUUGCAGAUCAGUUUGAAGACAAGAAAACAGUGGUAUCUGAACGACUGAAGAUUUUCUAUAGUUGUCAGGUGCCUCCACACUGGGCCAUAGAGCGACAACUUGCAAACUUACUCUUUGAACUGGGGUGCACAAGUUCAGCUCUACAGAUCUUUGAGAAGCUGGAAAUGUGGGAAGCUGUAGUAAUCUGCUAUGAAAGAGCAGGACAGCAUGGGAAGGCGGAAGAAGUCUUGAGGCAAGAGCUAGAAAAAAAGGAAACACCAGGAUUAUAUUGCUUGCUUGGCGAUGUUCUUAAAGAUCACCAAUACUAUGACAAGGCUUGGGAGUUAUCUAAGCAUCGCAGUGCCCGGGCCCAGCGCUCCAAAGGCCUCCUCUAUCUUCGCAACAAAGAGUUCAGAGAAUGCGUGGAGUGCUUCGAACGUUCGGUGAAGAUUAACCCCAUGCAGUUGGGUGUGUGGUUUUCUUUGGGCUGUGCCUAUUUAGCUUUGGAAGGCUAUGACGGUGCUGCCAAAGCAUUUCAGCGCUGUGUGAUGUUGGAACCUGAAAAUGCUGAGGCCUGGAACAAUUUAUCAACUGCAUAUAUCAGAUUGAAACAGAAAAUCCAAGCAUUUCGCGCACUCCAAGAAGCUCUCAAGUGUAACUAUGAACACUGGCAGAUUUGGGAGAACUACCUUGUUACCAGUACAGACAUUGGAGAGUUUUCAGAAGCAAUUAAAGCUUACCAUCGGCUCAUGGAUUUACAAGAAAAGUACAAAGAUGUGCAGGUGCUGAAUAUUCUGGUCAGGGCAGUGAUGGAUGGAAUGGCUGAUCGCAAUGGAGAGGUGGCAACGGGGUUGAAGGGGAAAUUGCAGGAACUGUUUGGCAGAGUGACUUCAAGAGUGACAGGUGAUGCGGAAAUCUGGAGACUGUAUGCCAGACUCUGUGGAAACGGACACAGUGAUAACCCUGAAGAUACUGAAAAGUCACUGCAGUAUCUCACCAAGGCACAUAAAUGUGAAAUGCAAUCAGCAGAUUGGGAGAAAGAUAUAUCAUCUUUUAAAGAAUUGGUGAAAGGAGCCAUAGAGCUUGCCCAUGUGGCAAUAAAGUGCAGUAAAAACAAAUCUAAUCACCAGGAAGCUUUGCAGAUACUUUCUUCAGCUCGACUCAACCUGCGUGGCUUGUCAUCCAAAGCAAAGCAACUUUUUGCCGAUGCAACAAGCAGUGAGGUUUCCAGUGAAUUAGUUGAUGACGUAACAGCUAUGGACAGCAUGAUUGCUGAACUGCAAGAAAUGAGCAACCAGCUGAGGAAUCAGUGCUGAGAUAAAAAUAAGAUUUCCUAGAAGGAAGACAAGGAUGACAUGCUUUAUUUGCUCCAGUUUCUGCUGAUGAAAUUGCAACAACUGUAACAUAUAACACAAAUUUUUAAUAAAUGUUUUCCUGUACAAUAUUGAUGUCUUUACAGUCAGAUUCCCUAAGCUUCUAAACUGUUUUUAAGGUCAUGUCUACUAAAUCUCUUAAAUCGUGUGUCUGCUUCUGUGGGCCUGAGUUUUCUGGAAUAAAACCAAUUGUAUUUAUAAGGCA